AUGGGACAGAGCGGUGGCUGCACCUUCCGGGUCCUCUAUAAACACGGGCAUAUCAGCAUGAUUCUCAGCUACAGGGCCACAGCGAGAGCGCCGGAGGGGCUAGAGGGGACGCCUUCACAAGUGGAGGGAGGCGACUACGGGUGCAUUGGGGACACAAGGCAAGAAGGAGGCUGCCCAGUGCUGAUGCCCGUGGCUCCUGCGGCCACACACGUCAGCCCUCCCUUGCCAGGCUCUCAGCCAGACAGGACGGUCUCUCCGUGCCCAGCAUUCUUGACCCCUGCCAGGGAUAAACAGGCCCUGCCCACCAGACUGGGCUGGCAGAGUAUGCGGCAGUGCCCUCCUGGAGUCCAGGGCCUGGGCUCAGCUCCAAAGCAUGUCAUGGCUGGGCACCCAGUCCUGGCAGGUCCCUUCCCGCAGUGGAUGCUGCAGGGUGCCACCCAGGCCCGCUUCAUGACCCAGACAUUCACCCACAGCUGCCGGGAGCACCAGCUCUCGCUGGCUCACAGCGGAGAACCCCCUGAGGAGUACCCUCUACGCUCCCUCCCCAGAGAAGGUGACAGACAGCUUUCCCGCAAACUGGGGCUGAAAAAGCAGCGGCUUCUGGGGGCAGAGCAGCAUCAGAGCCCACCAGAUGGAACCCCGACACCCUCCCCCAGGGAGCCCCGCCUCGGUCUGCCCAACACCCUGGGUCCCCAGCGCAGUAUCUAUUUCUCAAGCCCAAGAGACCCCCCUGCUCGACUGGGACUGGACUUCUUCGACCAGCCUGCAGUCCCCCUGGCCCGGGCGUUUCUGGGACAGGUCUUGGUCCGGCGACUCGACGAUGGCACAGAGCUCCGUGGCCGCAUUGUUGAGACUGAGGCAUAUUUGGGGCCCGAGGAUGAAGCUGCCCACUCGAGGGGUGGCCGGCAGACCCCCCGCAACCGCGGCAUGUUCAUGAGGCCGGGGACCCUGUAUGUGUACUUCAUCUAUGGCAUGUACUUCUGCAUGAAUGUCUCCAGCCAAGGGGAUGGAGCAUGUGUCUUGCUGCGAGCACUGGAGCCCCUGGGGGGCCUGGAGACCAUGCGGCAGCUUCGCAGUACCUCCCGGAAAGGCAGUACCGGCCGGGCCCUCAAAGACCGUGAGCUCUGCAGUGGCCCCUCCAAGCUCUGUCAGGCCCUGGCCAUCGACAAGAGCUUUGACCAACGAGACCUCACCACGGACAAGGCUGUGUGGCUAGAGCACAGCCCCCCGGGGCCCAGGGAGCCAGCGGUGGUGGCAGCAGCCCGAGUGGGCAUCGGCAACGCAGGAGAGUGGGCCCAGAAGCCCCUGCGCUUCUAUGUCCAGGGCAGCCCCUGGGUCAGUGUGGUGGACAGAGGAGCUGAGCAGGACACACAGGUCUAAGCAAGGGCCUGCUAAGGACAGGCUUUUUAAUUGUUUAAAAACCAAAUAAAUGCUUUAUUUCUA